AUGAAUGAUCAAGUGUCUCAACCGAUAGUUCGUCGCGUCCCUGCCGCGCCUUCACCGCCGCCACGGAAACGAGCACGUCUCCAUCAUUCAACCUCACCUCCCGCAAGGAGUACUCGGCGUGUGUCCCAAAAUGAGUUGCUACCCUCUCCUCGUCGUGCUGUAGAGACGUCCGUCGACUUUACCGAAGGUCGGAAUCCCAGUGCCAUCUCCCCGCAGUUCCUGCCAAACAGGCUGAAUCAGCGGAAACGCUGGCUAUACGUGGGUGCAUGCUCGACAUGGUCCUUCAACAUCCGUGUGGCGACCAUGAUCAGGUCGAGCCUCAAAGACGGCGGUGAAGUUGAGGACGAUCCAUUCUCCUUGGACGGCAACGCCUACGAUCUUUCCUUGAAGAGAGUAAACUCUGACAUGACGCUUGAUCUGAGCCGACUGCCAUCACUCGAUUAUGCCAUCUACCUCGUUAAUACGGUCAACUUCCACCUGGGCGGAAUUCUUCGGUUGUUCGACGAGUACGAAUUUCUGCAAAAUCUCCAUGAAUUCUAUAACCAAGGUUCGCAGAAGGCUCGUGCACACAAACUCUGGUACAUCCAAUGUCUCCUUCUCCUCGCACUGGGGAAAGGCUUCCUCAAUGUUCGAAAUUCGCCAGACAACACUUCAUCAACGGAUUACUUCGUCCGUGCGAUGUCUAUCCUUCCAGACACUACGGAGCUCUAUGAAGAGCCCGUUCUGGCCGUCGAAGUACUUGCCACCGUUGCCUUGUACUUUUACUGUUUGGAUAUGAAACAGAGCGCUUAUUCCUAUAUUGGACAAGCUCUACGAAUAGCUCUGGUGGAGGGACUGCACGCCGAAUUGCCCCCUCUCCAGCUGGGGGAUCGUUUCACCGAAAGGUGUCGGAACGCUUGGUGGACAACCUACAUCCUAGACCGUACCUUGUCUGCAGCGGUUGGGGCGCCUAUUUCCGCCCAAGAUAGCCACAUUCAGCAGUCUCUCCCUUCGCCUCAGCAAGUCUCGCAACGCGACGCCACCUUAGUCAUGCACGUCAAGUUGUGUCGCAUGGUAUCAUCCAUUUUAACGGAGCUGUACACUGCGAAUGGAAGCCUAGAGAAUACAUAUCUCUCAAAGGUCAGAUCGGUUCUGAAGCAGAUGGCCGAUAUUGCGAAACAACUCGAGGAAGUUAUAGAUUUCAAGUUUAAGAGUUCUCUGGAAACACUUUCUAAAGGAGCACUGUAUUUGAGGAUGCUUUACAAUCAGUGUAUCGUCCUGGCCACUAGACCAUUAUUACUCUGUCUCCUUCAGGAGACGCUACAGUCCCUCCGUCCCGGCUCCAAUGGUGUGAAGGUCUAUAUUCCACCUUCAAUACGCGAUCUGUUGAAAACAUGCUCAGAUUCUGCCACCAAAACGCUCAAAAUGCUCAGCGCCUUGAGCAGCCACAGUUUCCUUGACACAUUUCUUCCCUUCGAUUUGGAAUUUGCUUGUUCGGCAUCAUCCGUGGUCACGAUGGUUGACGAAAUUCUUCGAGGUGCAUCAAUAUCCUCAUCCACCAAAGAUCUGCGCCACAAGAUUCUUGAUGAGAUUGCAGCAGGAGGAAACAAAGCCGCCCCGUACCGACAACGAGAGCUGCGGAGGCUCUCAGAACUAGCCGACCGUCUGUGGAACACCAUCGAUGCAUUGAAUGCCCAGAAUCGCAGCCCAGGAACGGCAGCAUCAGACCACGAGGUGGAUCAGGUUCAUCAACAACGACAUAAUCCCGGCGUACAAUCAGAGGAUCACCAGCUUGGACUUGAUUCUCGAGCGGGUGAUGAUGGAACGGCGAUGGCCGAACUGCCUGGCAAUGGUCUUGAACAACCUCUGGUCCUGCUUGAGGAGCAAGCCAUUGCGAUCCCUCCGGGGGCUUCAGUUUCAUCUUCUGACUUUGCUCAAACCUUUGAUUUCUCGCCCGAGCAGAUGCUUCUUCUGGCAGAUCAUCUGGACGUAAAUGCACUGCAAACUGGGUUUGAUUUUGCCAGCCACGGGUUCAAUGAGUGGAUCUGA